AUGACCAACAGAGGAGUUCAAACCCCGCGGGUGCGUCCGAAGACGGAGCGUGCAAAGCAGCAACUGCAGGAUAAGGAAGCUGAAGAGGCCCGCGAACAGGCCGCUGCCGAAGCAGAGGCAGAUCGCAUCAAGGCCGAGUCAGAGACUGGUGCCGCUGGAGACCUGGUGACCUACCUCAAGCAGGCCAACAAGGGAAAGAUUACCUUCAACCUGUCAGAGGAGAUCUGCGAGGCAAUUCGGGACCAUGCCAGGCCGUUACGAAUGUCCCACUCCGAGAUUGUCGAGCGCGGGGUCCGGAUGUUCUUCCAAUCCGAGCUCAUCAAAGUACCAGGCCCGAUAGACCCUUAA